AUGAAGCCGUCCGUGGAGGUGGAGGCGGACGAGCGAGCUGCGGAGAUUAAGAAGACAGCGGCGGCGGCCAAGAAAGCAGCUGAGGAGGUUGAGGUGGAGGAGGUGGUGGACGGGGAGGAGGAAGAUGGGGAGGAGGCGGUCGAUGGGGAGGAUGACGGUGACGAGGACGACGACGGGGAAGGCGGAGAGGAGGACGACGAUGAGGAGGUGGAGGGGGAGGAGAAGGAGGCGGCAGGGGUUGUAGAGAUCUCCGACGAAGACGACGACGACGACGACGGGGAGGCGGACGACGACGACGGGGACGACGACGACGACGACGACGAUGAUGACGACGACGACGACGAAGAGGUCGUCGGUGAAGACGACCGGGAGGAGGAGCUGGGAACUGAGUAUCUGGUUCAGCCCCUUGGCCGGGCGGAAGAUGAAGAACACUCAAGCGACUUCGAACCGGAAGAAAAUGGUGAUGGUGCUGAGGAUGAGGAGAUUGACGAAGAAGAUGCCGACGAUGGUGAGGAUUCUGUGAAGGCACAGUCCUCUACCAAGAGGAAGAGGUCAGGCGAUGAUAAAGACGACGGGGAUGAUGAUGGCGACGAUGACGAUGAUGGGAGGCCACCAUCAAAGCGAUAG